AUGGACUUCACUUUCCACCCAGGCGUCAACGGCUCAGACCCCUGGGUCGAAUUCUACCCCUACAACCCUUCCCUCACAGCCGGAUACGCCUUCAUGGCCAUCUUCGGCCUCGCAACUCUCGCACACAUUGUUCUCAUGUUCCCCUACAAAGCGGCAUACUUCAUCCCCUUCGUCCUCGGCGGAAUAUGCGAAACAUUCGGGUACUUCGGCCGUGCACGCUCCCACAACGAUCGAACGGGAAUCGGCCCUUGGGCUCAACAGCAGAUGCUCCUCCUCUGCGCACCACCCCUGCUAGCGGCAAGCGUCUACAUGACGCUAUCACGCCUCAUCACAGCCCUAGGCGCCGAGCACCACUCGCCUAUCCGUCCAAAGCGGCUAACCGUGCUAUUCGUGCUAAACGACGUGAUCUGUCUGCUGACGCAGCUGGUUGGUGCUGGGCUGCAAGUCACGGGAGAUGCGCAGAUAAUUGAUAUUGGGAUCAAGGCGGUGCUGGCGGGGCUGGUGUUUACGCUUGUUGUGUUUGUGGGGUUUGUGGUGAUUGCGGUGAAGUUCGAGAGGAGGUUGGUGGCUUAUCCGACGAGGGUUUCUUCGGAACUGGAUGGGGAAAGGGGGGUUGGGUGGAGGGGGUAUAUGUGGUGUCUUUAUGGGGUGUGUGGGUGUAUGAUUGUGAGGAAUUUGGUGAGGACGGUGGAGUUUGGGGCGCCGAAGGGGGCGGAUGUGCGGAAGCGUGAGGUGUAUAUUUAUGUCUUUGAUGGGGCGUUGAUGGCGGUUCUUAUGGGGGUUUGGAUUAUUUGGCAUCCGGGGAGGUUGGUGAAGAGGGCUAGGAGUGUGAAGAGGGGGGUUGAUGGGGAUUUGGAGCUUUUGAGAAGUAAAUAG